UUCUCCUCCUCCUCCUCCUCCUCCUUCCUCCUCCUCCUUACCUGUUUGGAAACUCCCGCUGAAGAGGUGUGUUUCACCUGGGAUCAUUUCCCGUGACCUGUCACUUCUCCUUCAGAAUCGAUCGAUGGUUCUCUCCUGACAGAAGCAGUCUAAGACGGAAGAUCCAAGAUGUCCAGCCUGAGGUUGUGUCUGACUUUGCUCUUUGCUGCUACUUUUCAACAAGGCCAAGCCAAGACCUUAUCAAAUCCAGGAGUUUUACUGGAGUGCAACAGAUCAGUGAACGUUGAAGCCAGAGGAACUGUGACACUAACCUGCAUUGUGACUUACAACUUGGAGGACCCUGCAGCUUGUAAAGCUAGAGAUCUAACCUGUAAUGACGCAAUUAUCAGCAAACCUUAUAUAAAGAGGAUCGGCAAUCAUGACAUCAUGUCAGUGAACAUCUCACAAGUCCAGAAAAUGGGGAAUUACACCUUCAAAGUGAAGACAACCUGUGGUGCUGAUGACUUUACGGUACAAAUUAACCGGUUCAACAACAAACGAGGUGUUACAGAUGAAUUCUGGAAUGUCAAAAAACCUGACCCGAAGCCAGAGCCAGAGCCAGAGUGGGAAAGCAGGAUUCCCGCCGUGUUGGCUGUUUGUUUCAUAAUCACUGGCCUCUGCAUCAUCAUCCUGUGUUUCCUCUUUAGAACCAGAAGACGAAGACAAGUCAUCAGAAACAUGAUGACGUGCAAUACUCAAGAUGACCUCAGUGACACAGACUCUGUGGUGGAUAAAACCCCCCUGAACCCUGAACCCCAGACCCCCUGACAACAUCUGUAAUCUGUGUUUCAGUGUAUGUGUGUGGGGGUGGGGGGUGACGUUUAUCUUUUUUAAUUUCUUUACACUUUCAAUAAUCUGUGACAUAUUUUUUACAAAUUGAUAAAUGUAAAUAUGAGGAUUUGUGUUUUUAUAGAUUGAUAAAUGUAAAUAUGAUGAUUUGUGUUUUUAUAGAUUGAUUGAUUGAUCCAUGUAUAUAUUCUGUGAUAAUCAGAUUAAAGGGUUAUGUCACCAUUUGAACACAUGCAGUCUCCUCAUGAUGAAGAGUAUGACCCUGUGCUGUGCUGUGAUGAGUUGCAUUAUGGGAAAUUUGGGAUUCAAUUACAAGGGAUUAAAAACCAGGAGAGAAUUUCCUCCUUUUUCUAAUGUGUCACUUGGAAAUCCACCUUUAUAUAUAAUAUAAUAUUAUAUUAUAUUAUAUUAUAUUUCAUCUUACUGUUGAUAAUGACAUGAAAAAGCUAAUCAUUGUUACAGUGACAGGGUGUUAAUGUGUCAGUCAUGGUGCAGAUUAACUCAGCCACUGUACAUAACACAUCUUCUGUGUGAUGGAAAAUAAACAUCUGUCAGUAUCAAGCA